UCAAAUUGAGCCAACAGAGCUAACCUUCUUAAUCUCUCUGUCUUGUUUUUGUCCCCAAGUUCCUGAAUAUGGCCUCUUCUGAAAAGAAUUACCAUGUGUUCCUAAGUUUUAGAGGCACGGACGUCCGCAACAACUUCCUCCGUGAUCUCUAUGCAGCUCUGAAUCAGAAAGGGAUAUACACUUUUGUGGAUAGUGAGGAGCUCAGGAAAGGAGAGCAAAUAUCGCCGGCACUUAUGAGCGCGAUCGAGGAAUCGCGUGUCGCGAUCAUCAUUUUUUCCGAGGACUACGCUUUCUCGCGGUGGUGUUUGAAAGAGUUGGCGAAGAUCAUGGAGUGCAAGGCACGGAAGGAGCUGAUUGUGUUGCCAGUGUUUUACAAAGUGGAACCAAGAGAAGUGAGACGGGCGAUAAAAGGUUAUGGGAGAGCUAUGGCUAAGCAUGAGUCCAAUUCCGAGAAUGAUCUGAAGGCAGUGGAGACAUGGAAGAAGGCUCUCUUCGAUGCCGGUAACUUGUCUGGUUGGGUUUGCAAUGAUGGAGAUGAAGCAGAGGUCAUACAAAGCAUCGUAAGGGAAUUACCAAUUCGUCUAGAGCGUACACCCUUGGAUGUUGCUAAGUAUCCGGUUGGAAUAGAGUCCCUAGUUGAAGAACUAAAAUCACUGUCACUGGAAGAGUUGGAUGGUGAUGAUGUUCUCAUGAUAGGUAUAUGGGGACCUGGAGGCAUAGGGAAGACGACAAUCGCUAAAGCGAUAUAUAAUGCUAUUCAAGGACAGUUUCGGGGAGUUAUAUUUUUGGAGCGAGUUAGAGAAACUUCAAACAAAUGCGAUGGUCUAGUUGAGUUGCAAAGAAGACUUCUUUCUCAAACCUUUUCUCCUAAACAUGUAAUGGUCCAUAGUGUCUCUGAAGGAAUUAGUUUGAUAAAGGUAAGACUUUAUUGCAAGAAGGUUCUCCUGGUUCUUGAUGAUGUUGACCAUCCGUGUCAACUGGAUGCGUUAGCCGGAGGAGGCAAUUGGUUUGGCAAAGGAAGUAGAAUCUUUGUAACAUCAAGGGAUAAACAUUUGUUUACUACUUCUCGUUGCGAAUAUUGUGUGUAUGAAGUUAAACCUUUAAAGGACGACAAGGCACUAGACCUUUUUAUUUGUCAUGCCUUUCCAAACAGCCAUAAAGUUGAAAUAAGAAAUGAUCUCAUAGAUAGAGCAGUGCAUUAUGCUGGCGGCCUUCCAUUAGCCCUCGAAGUGUUGGGCUCAUUCUUAUGUGGAAGAAACGAACCAGCAUGGAAAAGUGAGCUGGAUAAACUCUCCAAUAAGUCUAAUGAAAAUAUCGAUCGAAUUCUGAAGAUAAGCUUCUAUGGAUUGGAGAAGAAUGAGAGGGAUAUUUUCCUCGACAUUGCUUGUUUCUUCAAGGGAAAAAGUAUAGAAUACAUCACAGAAGUUCUCGACGGCUGUGACUUUGCGACAACUAUAGGAAUAGAAAUUCUCAUGGAGAGAUCCUUGAUAAGAAAUGAGUAUGGGACCCUCCAAAUGCAUGAUUUGGUUGAAUUGAUGGGGAACGGAAGCAAUAGAGGCCAUAGUAGUGGACUUGCUCACACCAAAAGAGAAAAAUUUGAGUCUUGA